AUGAGUUCGGUGUUUGACGAGCGCGACGGUACAGCCACUCCCUGCCUUGAAGUCGACCUGUUCGCCGACCCGCGUACUUGGACCGGGGAGCAGCCUGAACUCAAGAUCAUUCCGUGGGACCCGGACGAGUUUUCCGACUUUGAAGCUGUCGACGACUCGGAAGACGACUUUGACACCAUGUCGCACGACGGCCAUGGCUCGGGAGGCCAAUCCACACCCACCUCCAUGUCACGCACUCCCAGGCUCCUGGGCAAGACCAAACCCAAGUCCAAGUCCAAGACGACCAAGACCAAGACCGAACCGCACGCUGUCGACUUUAUCCCCAUCCUGCACUCGGACGACUCGCACGACCACCUCUCCGUCGCCUCCGACACCACCACCCGCUACCUCACUGCCUCCCCGGCCUCGCUUUCCACGCUCCACGAAGACGAAUACGUCCCCUGCACGGAAUGUAAAGCGGACAAGUCGGUUCCCGACUACUUGAAGGGACAGAUGUACCCCACGGAAGACCUGCAGUCCCACAUCGACUACUUUCAUUCCGACAAGGAACGCAUGUUGCGCUGGGUCGACUCGUUCAGUGUCAACCGCGAAGAGGACGGUGGGUGGGGGAGCAGGGAGGCGUUCCCUUGUCCGAGCGUUGGAUGCCAUGCCGUAUUUGUUGUCGCAUCGGCGUUCGCACAGCACGUUGUCACCGCCCACAUCCGCGACACCGGUCCUCCUCCCAUGCUCGACCCGGAAUUCAUGCUGGCCCUCGCUACCGCCGCCGCGGGCGGUGCUGGCGACCUCGCGCGGCACGCCAAGAGUCACAUGCGCCGUCUGGAGAAGGAGGCAGGAGUCGUUCGCGAGGAGAAGGUGGUUGUGGUGAGGAGGAAGAAGCGCAGUCCCAACUAG